AUGGGCGAGAUAUUCCUCCGUCUUGUCGCCGCACGGCGGGAGUCCCGACGUCCAUGCGACGGGGGCAGCCGUCGUCCAUACGUCGACUCUCUCAUCGACCUACGCGUCCCCGAUGGUGACGGUGGCCGCCGUGCUGUUAGGGAUGACGAGUUGGUGCUCCUCGUGCUGGAGUUCCGGGGCGCCGGCGCUGGGACGGUCGCAGCAUGCCUGGAAUGGACCCUCCCCCACGUUGUAAACGACCAGGAGGUCCAGGAAAAGCUGAGUGACGAGGUCCAAAGCGCUGGCGGCACUGUGGUCUCCAGCUCCAGAAGCCUCAUCCAUGGCAUGCCGUAUCUGAACGCUGUGGUGCUCGAGAGCCUCCGCAUGCACCCAACGGUGCCCUUCAUCCAGCGCCACGUCCAUGCCGACGCCGCCGGGUUUCUCGGAGUCGGAGGAACAACCAGCGACUUGCUCAUGCAGGUCUCCGUGGGAGCCAUCGGGCGGUACACCAAGACAUGGACGGAUCCCGACGAGUUCCGACCUGAGCGGUUCCUGCCGGGCGGCGAGGCAGAGGAUGUGGGGCCUUUGCCGGGUCCCAAGGAGAUCAGGAUGGUGCCGUUCGGCACCGGGCAUAGGUUCUGCCCUGGCGUGGGUCUGGCCAUGAUGAACAUCAAGUGUUUCUUGGCUGCGCUCGUGCACGAGUUCCACUGGAAGCCACCCACGGUGGGUUGUGCUGGCGUCGACGUGACUGAGCUCAACACCUUCGUCAAGGGGAUGAAGACGCCGCUUUCCGUGCGUCUCACGCGACGCACUUUAUCCUCUUGAGAUCUACACUGUCAUCCUUGAUGGUAAGCGUGGUGGAUUAGUGUUGCUGAAUAAGUUUGGUGAAUAUAAAUGUUUGUGUGGCGUCAAGUGAAAUAAAAUGGAGGUGUACCUUUGUCCA